CCCGCGGCCGUCCCACAAUCCUCUGCGAAGCUGCAACGUAGCCGGAAGAUGGCGGCCGUAUAGUGAAUCCCGUCCACCGGCGGCCGCACAGUGACAGAGGCAGCGCUCCUCCGUGAUCCGGGCCGGAUAUAGCAGAGUCAUGGCAAGUCCUCGGACAAGGAAGGUGCUGAAGGAGGUCAGAGCGGAGGAUGAAAACAAUACUUGCUUUGAAUGUGGAGCCUUUAACCCUCAGUGGGUCAGCGUCACUUAUGGCAUCUGGGUGUGUCUGGAGUGCUCAGGAAAGCAUCGGGGGCUCGGAGUCCACCUCAGCUUUGUGCGCUCAGUCACGAUGGACAAGUGGAAGGACGUGGAGCUGGAGAAGAUGAAGGUCGGGGGUAACGGCAAGUUCCGCCAGUUCUUGGAGUUCCAGGAAGACCAUGACCCCUGCUGGAGUCUGCAGGAGAAGUACAACAGCAAAGCAGCGGCUCUUUACCGGGACAAGAUUGCCACAUUGGCUGAAGGUCGGGAAUGGUCUGAGGAGACCUCACCUGCCAAGAACUGGACACCUCCCCAGCCUAAGAUGAUGGGCGGCACAUCUCACCGCUUAAACACCAGCGGCCACACCGGAGCCUCCUCUGGGGACAAAGCUUUUGAUGACUGGCUGAACGACGACGUCAAUUCCUAUCAGGGUGGUGGGGGUGCUGGAAACCAGGAGAACAGAUAUGUCGGCUUUGGCAACACUGUCAAUCCUCCGAAGAAAGAAGAUGAUUUUCUGAACAACGCAAUGACCUCACUGUACUCGGGCUGGAGCAGCUUCACUGUUGGAGCCAGUAAAUUUGCCUCUGCUGCAAAGGAAAGUGCUUCCAAGCUGGGAUCCCAAGCUACACAGAAGGCCUCUGAGCUAGGCCAGACCAUUAAUGAAUCUGUUGUCAAACCAGCCCAGGAGAAGGUAAAAGAUGGAAAAAUCUUGGAAGAUGUCUCCAGUUCAGUGUCUAGUCUAGCAUCCAAGGUUCAGGGUGUUGGUUCCAAAAGCUGGAGAGACGUCACCACCUUUUUUUCGGCUAAGAGUGAGGACAGCACCGAAAACUCCUAUUCAGAAGAGGGCUACCAGCAGGGCGGCGGUGGUGGCGAUGGCUAUCAGAAUGCUGCCCAAGGAAAAUCCUUUUGGGAGACAUUUGGCAGCUCGGAAGAUAUAAAGAAGCCAACAAAAUCUCCCAGCGGGGACAGCUGGACCUUCCCUGAAAACGGCACCGAACGGAAGAGCUCUGACAGCUGGGAGGUUUGGGGGUCCGGAACCACCUCUAACAACAAGAACAGCAACAGUGACAGCUGGGAGAACUGGGACAGCCAUUGGGAAAGUGAAGGAAAGAGCAAGAAGGGUGGCAAGAGUGCGGCACCCGCUACAGAUGAGGGGUGGGACAACUCCAACUGGUAGAGUAAUGCAGGAGGGGUAUCAGAUGGGUUAUAUAGAGCAGAGGGGAACCCAAUUUCCAAUUAUUUCAUCAUAAGUUGUGGAUGGGACAUGAUGGCUUCUGCUGUCAUUCUGAACUAGCGUAAUACAUAAUCAGUGUUCACCAUCAUCUCCUGAUAAUUGGAAAUCUGGGGCUCACUGGGUCUCUUCAGCAUUGGUGCCCCCCAAGUGGUCCUUCCAGGAAGCAAGUCAUCUGUGGUUUGUGCACAUUAUAUUCUGCCUCCCAGUCGAACAUCACCCCCUUCCCCCUCUGCUGACCUUCCUCUCGAUCCCCUGCCUUAGUAUUUAAAUUGCUGGACAGUGCCCUCACGUGUGCCCCGUUUCCUCUCUGACCAUAUGUAGCCCCCUCGAUGUGUGAUAACGCGCAGGGAACAUUGUGGCUGCGCUCUGUGCAUCCAGUGGACAUUGUGCUUUCUCCUAAGUAGCUUGGAGGACGUCAGUCCCAAUUGCAGAAAGAUGUGACAUUUUACAUCCCUGUGCCCCGUUCCCCUCGUAUACCUCAUAACAGCCUUUAAUCCAUUGUGCUGCUGUAUUCUCUCGUAUCCUGCUGUGUACACUGAGAUAUGGCGCUGGCCAUUUGAAGUGCCACCCAUCAGGGCCCAGCUAUAGCCAGUGACUCCAGCUUAAUUGCAUUGUCUGCUGGAGUCAGAAGUAGUCUGAAUUUCGCUUACAUCAGAGGCUCAGGCUACUUCCUUCUCCUUACACCAUGCUUUACAUUGCAGUUUUGCUUCUUCUGAUUGGUUGCUGUGUAUAACUACACGCAUACCAGUGCAUGGAGAGUUCAUUUAUAUUGCAGAAAGUGAGUGAAAAAAAGGGGUCAUUACAGAGCUGAAGGUGCAAAACAUGAACAUCUUGCCCCUUGGUUGUAUCCUCAGAUCUCCACUAGCAGUGGUGGGAGCUAGUUUUCAGUAGUGCCCCCUUCUGGUACUUAUCUGUAUAGGAAGAACUAGACUUUAUCAUUAUACAUAGGUAUUAGAUUUAUGAAUGCAAUUCAGCUAGGAUUUGGUGAAGUUUCACUUACUAUUACCCCCCCCCCCCCCCAGCUUAGAACAGAGAUUGCCAGUUUUCUUUGCCAGUGCAUGUCCAUGGUCAGCUUUGGUGGGUUUGCACGGUGUAUUGUGGUCCACAGCAGCAGGAGAGAACUUUUAGUCAUUUUGCUGUUUUAUUCUAUGUCGGGAAUCCCGUCUUCUUAAAAAUUUAUCAAUGGCUCUACAAAUAGAUAUUUUAAUAAAAUUGUGUGUAAUAAAGUAUUAAAUAAACCUGUGGGUACCCUGGGGCUGCCCAACUGGAUCUUGACUACAACUCCCAACAUGCUCUGGUAGCCAAAAAAAAGACUUUGCUGUAGAAUGGCACUCUGUAACCUUUUGGCUUUCCAGCGGCUGCGCAGUUACAACUUCCCAGCUUGCGGUGAUGGGUUGCAGGAGUUGUAGUUUCAUAGCCGCUGCAGAGCGCCAUCUACUGGUCCACACAACAUUCCAUUACUUUAUGUGCUCAUGAGCCAGCAGGCAUUUUACCUUUUCAUAUCUCACUUGUUGCAUUGCUAUUAAACUUUAUGGAAAUGUUCCAUCCCUCGUCUAACGGGAGAGGACUGUCGCUGUGCAAUAUGUCGUUUGUCUCUCAGUGAGGGGUUCAAAUGUCAUAUAUAUAUUUAUUAUCGAAUGGAAUCACUCAAUCAUUCACGAAUAAAAUGUGACUGGCCUACCCCUGAA